AUGGACGAUGACUUCGACAGAUUUUUAGAAGCCUCAAACGAUGACGAGGAGAGCUUCCUGCAGCCGACACGCCGUGAUGUCCCAGGUCGUUCGCCAGCGAGAGGUGGCAGCCCUUCCUAUCGCGGGAGCAGUGAUUAUGGAAGGAAGUAUGGUGGAGCUUAUCGCUCCAAUGAUCCACUUGCAAGCAUUGACCUGAGCUCCUUGCCAAUUCCAGAGCGUGUUGCUCCUAAGUCCUCGUCGAAAGCAGGCAAGGCAGCCGUUGCAUCUCGAGGCCGCGCUGAGCCUUCCUCGCCUUCCCCCACGGUUCGCAGUGGGAUGCGCCAGUCCAGUGACCGUGGUGCAAUGACACCAUCAGCAAAAUCUGAGCCUGCAAAGACAAAGCCGUCUCCUACUCAUUCAGAUUCGGAGAGCUCUGUAUCACAUGGGCACAGUGAAGGUGACGCGACAGGUACAGGGGCCAUGGCAUCAAUCUUCGCCAAUUUCAAAGCAGAAAUGGAACAGCAACUAAGAGAAUCAGCUGAAGAGCAAAAGCGACAGGAGGAGGAAAGAGAAAGGAAAAAGAAGGAGGAAGAGGAGAGGCGAAAGAAGGAAGCUGAGGAAGAGGAAAACAGAAGGAAAGAGGAAGAGUCCAGGAAAAAGCGCGAAGCAGAGGAAGCAGAGCAGAAGAGGCUUGAAGCUGAAGAAGCAAGGAGGAAAGAAGAGGAGGAGCGUAAACGGCUGGCCCAGGAAGCCGAGGAAAGGAGACUGCGCGAAGAGGAGCGCAGGAAGCUACGAGAAGCUGAAGAAGCCGCUGAAGCCGCUGAAGCUGCUGAGGCAGAGCGGAAGAAAGAGGAGCUGAGAAGACGAGAAGCUGAAGAGGAAGAGAGGAAAGAGCAAGAGCGCCAGCAGCGUGACAAGGAGGUGGCCGAAGCAAAAAGGAAGCAGGAAGAAGAGAACAGGAAGACACGAGAAGCUGAAGAAUCAGAGAGGAGAAGGGUAGAAUCUGAAGCACAAAAAGCAAGGCUGGCAAGGCAAGAAGAGGAGAGCAGGGCAGAUCCUGAUCAGGAUGAUGUCGAGGUUGAACGGCGAGUGGCGGAGAAUACUUGGCAUAUGCAGAUUCCUGACGUGAAGGUUGAAUCCGUACGGAAUAGACAAGAGGUUGGCGGUGGGUACAUUGUGAAGCGCAGAGACGAUGAUCGACAAGAUGAGGAACAGGCUGCUUAUCGACUUUUGCUGCUCUUCUCCUCGUUGAACGUGUGGUCUGAGCAGUGCAGACGCCACCGCCAAGAAAAGCGCGACAAAGAUGAUUUGAACAGACAUGUCAGAUUCAAGCAGGUCAGCAGCAAACUUGCUGAGACGUUUGCCUUUGCCUUCGACUGGGCUCAGAUGUCACGGGCCUUCACAUCCUGGAGCCGGCUCUGUGUGAUCACAACUGCUAUGGACCAAGCGGCCCAGGACCAACUGGCCGCUGCAGCACAGACCGUUGCGGAUGCAACCAGCAAGCAGUCUACGCUGCUACAGCAAGUAGCUUAUUUGGAGCAAGAGCUGGGAAGUGUACGCCAACAAAGAGAUGCACUAUCAGAAGAUCUUGAAGCCUUCCUCCAUAAAGGAAUUGGCACAGGAGCGCCAAGCUUGCGCAACUCUUCGGAAUUGCGAGGUGAUGAUGGCAGCCGUGCUUCAAAACUUGAAGCUGAGCUUCAGCUUGCUGAAAAAAUGCUGCGUGCGUGUGAGAAGGAGAACGAGAACCUGGCAAACCAGAAUCGCCAACUUCGGCAAGGAGCUCGCUUACGGCGCAAGGAAGUUGAUGGCAGGCAACUACAACUUGUUGCAGAGCUGAAUGCAGCAAAAGCCAGUGCAGAUGCAAAUCCAGCAAGCAUGGCUCGACUUGCAGACCUAGAGCGUGAGCUAGUAGCUGUGAAAGAACGAGCUGAAGAGCAUGCAAAUGAGCUUGAGAAGUGCAGGGAGGCAAAGCGCCAAUUGGAAAGAGAAUUGAUAACUGGACCCGCGCCGAAGCCUGCUCAGAGUGAGGAGCUAGAACAUGCUGAAGCAAGGCUUGCCCAAAGCCGGAGUGAGGUCUCUGAGCUCCAGGCUAAACUCGUCUUCUAUGCACAUGGCCAGCAGGAGAUGGAGGAAGACCGACGACAAGUUCUUCGUCUUGGUGAGGAGCUAAGGGCGGCCUUAAGCGAGAAUGCAGAGCUUCGAAAACAUCCUCCCAGAGAAGCUGGGAAGAAGAUCGCGGAGCUACGCAAACAGAAUGAAGAGUUGCACGAAUGCUUAAGGAAGCGUCACCCGGACAGUUUGCUGGCGCUGAUAAAGGCAUGUGAGCCGCCUCCUGAAGAAAAGCGAAAGCUGAGCGAACUGAAAGGACGUGUGGUGGAGCUGGAAGCGCAGCUGGCAGAACAGGAUGCGCUCUACGACCGUCGCAUCAGAGCGCUGAGAGCGCAGUACGACCACAUGCGACACGAGUACGAGAGACGUGCAGCUGCGAAUCGUAUCGUGACGGAGACACCGGAGGAGCCCAGAAGAGCUGCUCCAUACCGCGAGGCAGUUCUUCAAGCGAGAAUUAAAGAUUUGGAGCGACAGGUUGAACACACAAAGUCCUAUUAUCUCAGCAAGCUUCGCAAAAGAGAACCGCUUGUACCAUCAAACAAGGCCAACAAGGCCGCGGCUCCCAACAGCAUUGGUCACGCAGGACAUCACCCCAGCGAAAGCCGCAUCCAUCAGUUGGAGCAACAACUGCAGCUGAAAGAGGAUCGUAUCUCAGAACUGCUUGAAGCAAUGCGGGCACAGGAUCUGAACGCUUCGAAGACUCAAACUUGCCCAGCUUCGACAUUCUCUGCCUGGCCAGAAGCGCACCUGGCUCUUUGCUCGGUCCAGCGUUGGCUUGAGGAUGCCAGAACGACGAACUCUGAUGAGGUGCCAAGACGGAUUCUGCAGGAUGCAGAGGCUCGUGCAGAUGGUCAGGACAAGAAGCUGCCGUGGAGCCAACUCCUA